UGCAGUCUCUCGGUGAAUUACCAGACACUAUGGCUCCUCAAGUACAAUUCAAGCUCUCGCAGCCCCCGUCCGACGCGGUAUCCUCCCUUAAAUUCGCGCCCAAUUCUCCAACACGGCUACUGGUCUCUUCUUGGGACAAGAAUGUUUACUUGUAUGAUACACAAGACCAAGAUGCAGGCGGAAAACUGAUCGAGAAGUACGAGCACCGAGCCCCCGUACUCGAUGUGUGCUUCGGCGCCGACGACAAUGAAGCCUUCAGCGCGGGGAUGGAUUGGCAGGUGAAGAGGAUAAAUCUGGAAACUGGAGAGCAGACUGUAUUAAGCGCACAUGGCGCACCAGUCAGAUCUGUGGUUUACAGCAAAGAACAUUCACUUCUCAUUUCAGCUUCCUGGGACUCGACUUUACAUUUCCACGAUCUCAAGCACCCCGAAAAAGAACCAACAACUAUCACACUCCCGGCGAAACCCCAUUCCCUCUCGAUAACAGCCUCGAAACUCGUUGUUGCGAUGGCCGCUCGCCUUGUUUACAUCUACCAGCUCCAAAGCACCGCUAUGCUCGCCUCACAAGCGAACGGUUCAACCGCCGAUCUACAGCCCUGGCAACAACGAGAGUCUUCCCUGAAGUUUAUGACCAGAGCGGUGGCAUGUAUGCCAAACGAUGAUGGUUAUGCUACGAGCAGUAUCGAAGGCAGAGUAGCAGUCGAGUGGUUCGAUCCCUCCACCGAAUCUCAAGCCAGGAAAUACGCGUUCAAGUGCCAUCGCCAGCCAGACCCCGAGGGUGACGGAACAGACAUUGUCUAUCCAGUGAACGCACUAGCCUUCCAUCCGGUUCAUGGAACAUUCGCCUCUGGGGGAGGAGACGGGGUAGUCGCCUUGUGGGAUGCCGUUGCGAAGCGGAGAAUCAGACAGUAUCAGAAAUACCAAGCUAGCGUUGCGGCUGUCGCUUUCUCAAGCGAUGGGAAGUACCUGGCUGUCGGUGUCUGUCCCGGAUUCGAGAAUGGACAGGAAGAUUACACGGGAGAGGGAGAGACACAUGUCUACAUCAGAGAGCUGAGCGAAACCGAGGCAAAGGGCAAAGGAGCGAAGUAAUCAGUCGUAACUAAUAGGGUUCUGCAAGUCUGUCAGUUUAGCAAGGCGUUCCGGUUAACCAAAAUGGAACUGAGAUCGAUCAUCUAUUUUCAAUUCCCACAUUUUCAAUAUCAAGCACAUCUGCAUUAAAUACAUAGAUUCAUUU